UAGAACCUAGAGCCGCAAAUCCAGUUCAUAAAAAAAUCCCCAUGGCAUUUGUCGCGCGGAAGCUAAAAAAUCGUAGAAACAUAUUAAAAAAAGUGAAAUAAUUACAUCGUACAUUAAUUAAAACAUAUUUAACACAAUGGCAUCCGGACUAGAGAACUAUAUAAAUCAAACAGUGUCAGUAAUAACUUCAGAUGGAAGAAAUUUUAUCGGUACCUUGAAGGGAUUUGACCAAACGAUUAACAUUAUUUUAGAUGAAUCCCACGAACGAGUGUUUUCGUCGUCAACAGGAGUGGCUCAGGUGGUUUUAGGACUUCAUAUAAUAAGAGGAGACAAUAUAGCAAUAGUGGGACAAAUCGACGAAUCAAUAGACAGUAGAUUAGACCUGGGUAAUAUUAGGGCUGAACCAUUGGGGCCAAUUGUACACUAAUGUAAAAAUAGUAUAAGUCUAGUAAUAAAUUUUUUACCUUUAACAUAA